AAACAUUUUAAAAUCAAAUCCUCCUCAAGUCACAUUUAGUUUUUGGCUAUGGCUCCAGGAAAACCCCAACAGCAAGACCAAGGGAAGGCGCCUCAGGAGGGUGGGGCUUCGAAAGGGAAGAAGCGUGGAAAAGGACGGCGAGGAAACUUUGAGGAUGACUACGGUUACAGUCGACGAGACCAAAACUUGGCUAAACCACCAGAUCAGGAAAAGCUAACUGAAACGCAACUGAAAGAAGAACUCGUCAGAAAUCUUUCAUGUGUGGACCCAGCCAAGAUGAAGAACAGAGUUGUGUGGGAUGCCAAUGAAAAAGGGUUUAUUUUGGCCCAAGAUGAGGAGCAAACAAUUCACAUGUUUCACUUGGACUCGGAGCUGAUUUUUAAGGAUUCUCAGGAAGAGAUCAAGGAAUAUCCGUUCAGUCUCUCGGAGGAAGUUGAGGAUCCAGAAUUUGUAGAAAAGAAAUCACCACCUCCAGCCUCUGCUGAUCCUUCUUCUUCCAAUGACGGCAUUUCCGAUGAGCAGAAAGCAACCGAGGAAGCGGAAGAUGCGGAUGAAAAAGAGGAGAUAGCUCAAGCCAAGGAAGAAAAGCCGACCAAACUACUCAACCAAUUUAACUUUUGUGAACGUGCCUCACAAACCCUCAACAAUCCCAUUCGAGAACACUCGGCUCAGACCGUGCCUCCACCCAGGUCCUCAUACAAAGAUUACUGCAAUGCUUGGAUAAUAUACGACCUGUAUGAAUCCGAUACGGCCAACCGUCCCAAAGCGACCAAAAAAGUUGCUGCUGGUGGCGGAGGGGGGGAAGGCGAAGAGGGCGAAGAAGGGGAGAAGAAAGAGGGGGCAGAAGGCGAAGAGAAAAAGGACAAGGCAAAGGACACAAAGAAGGACAAGGAAAGGGAGGGAAAAGUUGCUGCAAAAGAGAAAGUUCGAGUAAGAAAAGCGUCCAUUUUGGAAGGAACCGCAGCUCAAGAAGCAGCCCUGGCAAAAUCUGCCGAAGGACUCAAAAUCUUGGAGCGACUUGUUAUGCAAAAUGUUUUUAACGAUGUUCUUCACGACUUCAAGUACUAUGAAGAUGCUUCUGAUGAGUUCCGAGAAACAGGAGAAGGGACAAUUCUGCCCUUGUGGAAGUUUGCAUACGACAGAGCAAAGAAACAUCAUGUGACCUCGAUCAGUUGGGCACAAAGUGAACCGGACAUGUUUGCCGUCAGCUAUGGUUCAUUUAAUUUCAUGCACCCAAUUCUGGACGGAAUGGUGUUGAUUUGGAGUUUGAGAAAUACUGCAUUUCCAGAACAUAUUUGGAUGGCUCCGAAGGGUGCAAUGUCUUGUGCAAUCCAUCCGCUGCAAGACUGUCUCGUAGCCGUGGGUCUUUAUGACGGGAACGUUGCGCUGCUCCAGCUCCGUGAAAAUGAAGAAAACUCCAAUCGAUCCGUUAUACUCAAGAACUGUCACAUCGUGAUGAAACAUCGCUCUCCCAUUUGGUCCGUACGAUGGGCGGACAACGACAUGGAUAACAAUCCCAACUUUUACUCGUGCGGGAUGGAUGGACAGGUUAUCCAUUGGGUUAUCGAUCCUUCAGCGUCCGGCGGUGGCGGAGGGUUGUCAGGCACCCCCAUCGCUACACUUCACCUUCCCGUCCCACCCGUUCAAGGACCUGAUGGCACGAACUACAACCUCUUUGGCUGUGCCCGAGCCAUGGCUAUUCAUCCGAAGGAGCGCAGCACUUUUCUGGUGGGGACGGCCGAAGGAAACAUUUUCCAAUGUUCAAUGCUUUACGGGUCCAGAUUCCAGCAGAUCUACAAUGCACAUUUCCUCCCGGUAGCUGCGCUCGAAUGGAACUACUUUCACCCCGACGUAUUUCUUUCAUGCUCGGAAGACUGGACCAUCAAGGUUUGGGACCGGAAUGACUCGGAACCGAUGUAUGUGUUUGAAAUCGGCGUUGCCAUUUUGGAUUGUGCUUGGGCCCCCUACUCGUCCACUGUCUUUGCUGCUGUAACCGAAGAGGGAAAGACCCUGGUAUACGACUUGAAUGUGAAUAAGGAGAAACCAAUCUGCUGCCAGCAAGUUGUCACAAAGAAGAAAGUUCGUCCUAAUCGCAUUGCGUUUAAUCCCUACUACCCACUCAUCGUUGUUGGAGAUGAUCGAGGUCAGUUAACAACGUUGAAACUUUCCCCCAAUCUGAGGAAUUUACCGAGGGACCCCAAAGGCCACAUUGUGGAUGGAGAACCCAGAGUCACAUUUGAAAUCAACAAAAUGACCAAACUCUUGUCACUCGUGAGGGACCCCGAGUCUGUCACCGGGCCCAAAACGCUCACCUUGGCUGAUGAAAAGCAAGCCAAAAAUGUUCUGUCCAUCAUGGGAGCAGGCAAAAAAUAAACUGUAAUUUUAUGUUAAUGAGACAGCGCCACAAAAAAUAUGCAAUAAAUCUACAUAAUAUAAUGUCCCUAUA